AUGCCGAAAUAUCGGCUAUCUCAUCUUCUUAUAUUCUGUUUAAGUUUACUUUUUAUUUCACUGCUUCCCACAGUUUUGACACAGAUCGGACAAUCAAAUAGGUUUAAUUCAGAAAUAAAUCCUGGCCAAGAUGCUGGCACUUUAUUUACGGGAACUGGAGUUAAUUCUAUUUAUGGAGUUAAUUUGGUAAAAUUUGGACCUGAAGAAGGUGAUCAAAUGGUUCUUCCGGGUAUGUUGACUUCUGGUCAAACAAUUGAUUUGCACAUGUAUUUUCCGUUUUACGGAGGAUAUUAUAACUAUUCUGUGCUCUCAGUAAAUGGUUACAUCGGAUUUGCUACAGUUCUUGACCAGGGCCCGACAAUUAAUGUUGGUGUUGAUGCUACUGAUUGGCCACGACAGCAGGAUCCAGCGAUGAUUGCACCAUAUCUCUGCAAGCAACAGAUUAUGACAAACCCCACUGUUGGUAUGAAAACUGGCGUAUACUAUCGUCUGAUGUUACGUCAGUCCUUAUUUGGCAGAGGCUCUAAUACCAAUUUAAAUUACGGUGAACAGUCAAAUUUCUUUACUCAAACCGCUGAAAAGGCCUGUCCGGGCACUCCAGGCACCUACGUACAUUAUGGAGUUGCUGGUGGAACCGCAUUUCACGCAGAUGCUGCUUUAGUUGUUACAUGGUAUAACACGGCAUCCGCAAUUGCUGGAAGAUCUGAUAUUGAUGCCGGUAAAUUGGCAACAUAUCAAGCUAUCUGGCUUACAGAUCAGCCUGGGCGACUCAGCUACGUUAUAUUCAAUUAUGAUAAACUCGGGUUUGAUGCCACAGAUUUUGCUGGAAGUUCAAGAAGUGGUCGUUGUCAAGCACUUUUCAAUGGCGGUAAUCACACUGGAACCGUACCAGUUGAUCCCUCAUUUUUGUACAAAACUAGCCCGAAAGUUUUGGCACAACGUUCCGCAGUGCCGCAUGUUGUUCGUGGCCGCUAUAUGUUCCGAGUAGAUGACGUUGUGAGACCAGCUGGUUGCUCAAACAAAACUGGUGGUACUUAUCCGUUGCUCAUAUAUCCAAACAUUGUGAAUAUGCUUGGUGAAAUGACCGUUGACGUCAAUGGAAUUUGUUUAAUGCGGGAAAAGACCUACGUUCUUAUGAUAGAACAGAGGCAAACGGCUGCAUGUAAAGUUCUGAAUCCGGCAAUGGCUCGUUGUACACUACCAAAAAUUUAUGACUGGGGCAGCAAGACAGUGUAUUUUCAACCGCAAGAUAGUGGCGCGAACGAAGAAAAAGCAUUUGUGGGCUACAUAUACUUUGUACCGCCAACACUUGAUCCGAUGAGGCUUGAGAUUGGCAAUAUAUACAAUUGGUUCGAGAAUCCAAUAGCUACAGAUGUGAUGCCUUUGUCAUGGUAUCCAAGAAACUUUACAAAUCCGGAAUACACAAACACGGAUCAAAAUACGCGAUUCAACGACGACGCAAUGUAUAGUGUUCAACUGGGCCUCUAUGUCAUCGGUUACAAAGAAUCAUUAGAUGAUCAGAUAAAAAAAUUCCGGCCAGAACACAGAGUUCUUUGCCGCUUGGCAACAUACUCAAACGAAAAUAGAUACGAAUACAGCUUUAAGCCACAGGAAGAAAGAAUACGUCUAAAUCAGGUUGAAAGAUGGUACUUGAACGAUUGGGAAAGAAUGAAUGAACUUUUUACUUAUCGAUUUGGUUAUCUCAAACUCUCUCCAAUUACCAAUAACGACGACGCUACUCAAGAACUCAAAUCUGGAUUGGUGUCGGCUCCUAUUUCACUGCAUUGGCUCUGGACAACAAACAACCCUCAGUAUGCCACAACUGUGUUUUCUCAACAAGACAAAGAUGCAAGAACCAAAUUUGUAGCUGAAAAAUCACGAGAGAUGUGCCAUGACUGGUUCAACGAGGAUGGGGCGUUGGAAAAUUUUAUCCGGGAUACUGAGACAAAUGCGUCAUGUCCUUGCAUUGAGCGUCAGGCGGCGAUGGACUUAGGCAGAUUUAUGCCGCACCCUCGUUGCUCACAUAUUUUCCGUGAUGUAACAUGUACAUCAACUAUUGGUGCUAAAAACUGUUACAUGUCUUCGCAAAACAUUUAUGGGUCUUAUUCUCGUAACGAUUACUCAGAGUAUAAUCAUGAACAAUCUGCACGCUUUCCAACACAUUAUGGGCAAGUGUGCUGUUAUGAUGAAAAAGGAAAGUUGAUGCAAACUAGUUAUCAACCCAUUAUUAAAGUGGUAGAUCAAACUCCAUACAACCCCGGUUAUCCGCUGCGUGCCUACGAAUUUGGGACCCACCCUUAUAUGGGACAAUUUGAGGUGCCAGGCUUGUCAGCUUUUCAUCACGACUACAUGCCGUACUUCCUGUGCUGCAAAUUUGCAAAAUUCCGUUGUCAAAUGUUUUAUUGGAGACGGCCAAGUAGCGGCUGUCAAGAGUAUCAGCCGCCAGCCAUAGGUACUGCUGUAGGAGCGGGUAGCUUUAAUACAAUCGAUAAUGAUAAAUUUAUCUUUAAUGAACCUGGAGUGUACACUCUGUUAUACAUUCCGCAAACGACAGCGACUCCUGAGGUUAGAAUUCAGGUUCAACUUGAAAGGUAUCCAAAUCGACGAAUUGAUUUUGGUCUGCUUGGACGUUAUCUUGGGCAGUCUCAGCUAGUACAGCCAAGUAAUGUUACGGUCAUUACUGGGAUUGCUGUUGAAGCGACAGGAACAGACAGAGUUCACGUUCUAGUCCGAAAGGACACAAGACGUUUUAGAUAUCGUACUAGUGUCAUUGUCAACAACAUUCUUAGAUAUUUUGAUACUAUGCAACUACAGAGAUUUAAAGGAGUUGUUGUAUAUGUGAAUAACGUUGAGCGUGGACAACCAGAAAUUUAUGUUGUUCUUGAAGAAGCUCAGAUUGGUAUACGCAUAAGAGAAUCAUUUGCGUUAGACAUUGACCGUUUACGAAACUACCAGGAAAGUAUGGGAAUGUUAGAUUUGGUACUGAGCGUUCCACCACAGUAUGGAGUUCGUCCUGACGGAGAUAAGACUCGAGAGCAAGAGGUUCGUCAACGGUACAAUCUGCCGCGAGUUUCUGGCUUAAUGCGACCAUUUCCUGAUCAGUCGUCAGCUUCGUAUACCGGUGGCCUUACACUAAACGAUGUCAACUCAGAGUCUUAUCGGCAACAGAUAAUAACAAAUUAUCGUGUUCCGGGAACUGGUGAAAGUGGAAGUGAGCAGAAUAUGGCUGGCACACUCAAUCAAAAUAUUCCAACUGAUAAUAUGUUUACCACUAGUCGUGAAGAAGAUAGAAAAUACGAAGUGUUCCCAGAAGCAAGUAUGAAGAGUGAACCAGUUUAUAAGGCAGCUGAGGAAUAUACAACCGGCACUCACCAUUUUUAUCCGCGUACAGGACAAACGAUUACCCAGCUUUUGCAAACAUGCCGUGACAUUCAGGAAAACACAAAUUUAAAUCCGGCUCAGUCUUAUGCGACAGAACAAUUCGGACUUAAAGAAUGUCCGGACAAUCCGUCUCAAAUUCUACAGGAUUGUGGCGACAGUGUUACGUGCCUUUAUGACUACGCAUUGUUGAAUGCUCCGACGCUUGCUUUAGAAGCACAAAAAAGUUGGAAUACAUUUAUUCGUGAAAGAGGGGAAGCAGUACGGCACUAUAACAGUUGUGGACCGAUUAAUAUUGAAUAUCCUGAAUAUAUGGCAAAAACUUCACCGAUGGCGUCUGGCUAUCUUCAGGGUGACGUCGCUCAGUUUACGUGCUUCCAGUCUCAUUGGAUUAAGGGAACUACAGAAUUUAAAUGCGGCAUUAUUGUUGAUAGAAAUCAUCCAAAUAAUUACCGUUACGAAUGGACUAAAGGUUCACAGCCGUGGUGUAGAUCGCGAACCAAAGAUAAUCUGUUCAAAUGGCUGGCAGCUGUAAUUCUUUUAAUAUUUUUGUGCUUUUGGUGUAUCAAACAAAAGCAACUGGCAGAGAAAGAAAGAGGUUUAACAUCUACAGCAGCAUCGCAACGUGAACCACUACGGAACCCCCAAAACAGACUACUUGGUUUGAACACUAGUGUUUGA